AUCCAUUCCCCAGUCCCCAUCUCUCUCUCUCCCCCUCACUCACUGAGUCACUCAUCAAACACUUGAGCGAUGGACCACUACGUCCCCAAGGACCAAGUCACCACCCUCCUCGAUCACGGCCUCUUCACCUCUGCACAAUUACUCGGUGGUUUCCUUGUUUCAUCGUCUACUGGGAAUUCUGAAGCCUCCCCACAAUUGAAAGCAGAAAGUUUGGUGCUACUUGGUGAUUCAUUUUUUAAAGAGAAAGAGUACAGGAGAGCAAUUCACACUUAUAAACAAGCAUUGCUUCACCUGAAAACAAUUCUGAAACCAACCACAACAACGAGUAGGAGUUCACUUUCUGCUUCAAAUAGGUCCUCUUCUCCGAGUUCUUUUAACAACUCAGCCAUUAACGAAAAUGAGGUCAAGUUCAGAAUUGCUUCGUCAUAUUGUGCCCUGAAUGAGAACAGGGCUGCUCUGAUUGAGAUGGAGGGAAUUCCAAGUAAAGCAAAGACUUUGCAGAUGAGUCUGAUGAUGGGAAAACUUUAUCGAUAUACUAGACACACUCGUGCAGCAGCUGCCUGUUAUAAGGAGUGUUUAAGGCAAUGCCCUUAUAUCAUUGAAGCUAUUAUAGCUUUGGCUGAAUUGGGUCUUUCAGCAAAAGAUAUUAUUUCAUUGUUUCCUCAGACGCCAAGUAGAAGUGCAAGAGCUCCUUUUGAUCAUCUUGAGUCAAGUCGGUGGUUGCAGCGAUAUGUUGAAGCCCAAUGUUGCAUUGCCUCAAAUGAUUAUAAAGGUGGUUUAGAGCUCUUUUCAGAACUCCUGCAACGAUUUCCAAACAACAUACACAUAUUGCUGGAAAUGGCUAAGGUAGAAGCCAUUAUUGGGAAAAUUGAUGAAGCCAUUAUGAACUUUGAGAAGGUCCGAUCCAUCGAUCCAUAUGUUGUUGCAUAUAUGGAUGAGUAUGCCUUGCUUUUAAAGACUAAGUCUGAUCAAUUGAAGUUAAACAAGUUGGUGCAUGAUCUGUUGAAUAUUGAUCCCACAAGGCCUGAAGUUUUUGUUGCGUUGUCUGUCUUAUGGGAAAGGAAGGAUGAUAGAGGAGCUCUCUCUUAUGCCGAAAAGAGCAUUCGAAUUGAUGAGAGGCAUGUACCAGGUUAUAUAGUGAAGGGAAACUUAUUGUUGUCAAUGAAUCGGCCAGAUGCAGCUGCUAUUGCCUUCAGGGGAGCUCAGGAUUUAAGAGCUGAUCUUCGUUCCUAUCAAGGAUUAGUUCGUUCAUAUUUGGCACUUUCGAAGAUUAAAGAGGCUUUGCAUGCUGCAAGGGAAGCAAUGAAAGCCAUGCCCCAAUCCGCAAAAGCCCUAAAGUUAGUUGGUGAUGUGCAUGCUAGUAGUACUACUGGAAGAGAAAAAGCAAAGAAGUUCUAUGAAUCAGCUCUCAGGCUGGAACCGGGUUACCUUGGAGCUGCCUUAGCUUUGGCUGAGCUGCAUGUCAUGGAAGGCCGAAAUGGAGAUGCUGUAUCUCUCCUCGAGCGAUAUCUUAAAGAUUGGGCGGAUGACUCUUUGCAUGUUAAGCUGGCUCAAGUGUUUGCAGCCACAAACAUGCUGCAAGAUGCUCUGUUGCAUUAUCAAGCAGCAUUGAGGAUCAAUCCUCAAAAUGAAGCUGCAAAGAAAGGAUUGGAGCGUUUGGAGAAACAAAUGAAGGGAGUGGAUCCUGAUGCCCCUGAAGAAGAUGAGGAAAAUGAUGUAGAGGAUGUUGAUGGAGAUGUGGAGGAGACUGAGCUUCUAUGAUGGGUGUCUAAAGGUUGUCCAGUUUGUCUAACACCUUGGUGGGCAUCUUAUGACGCGCAUGAUUGUGGCCUAUGUGCAUGCAGUGACGUUGCUCAAUGGAAUUUAUGGUGGUAAAGAGUGAAGAAGCAGAAGUCUUGUCUAGCAACAGAGGUUGCCUGCUUCAGAGUAGCUUCUAUAUUAUUCAACAUGCCUGAUGCUGCAAUUGUAACAGAUUUUAGGGUAUAUCUAUAUAAUACUGAAGUUAUCUUGCAUUUUAAUAGGAAUGGCAAUGGGCCAAGCACCCAUGGAAUUUGCCACUGCCACCGGAUGUAGAGGUUUGCUUACCAAACCUGAUAGCCAUCACCAUUUUAGGCAAAACUUGUAUAGGUGCUGCAGCUACAAUUCAUGAAGGGAAAGAGAACUGAAUUGAUGUCGCAUUAUUCUCUAGAUGGUUUUUGGGGAUGUUUUGACAGAAUGACUGUGACCGAAUCUUUUAAUGCAUUCUUGGUUUUU